UGGUUCAAUCCAGGUUUGUCGAAUGGCUGACUGACAGAAUGAAUGGAGUGCAUGAGGGAGGCAAAAGCCCUCACUUGGAAAGUUUAGUGACAUGAGCUGUGUGGUAUCUGGUUCUUGGCUGAAGCUACUGCAGUUUUUCCCUAUGACUACAGUGCUGUAAAAAUAUGUCUGCACGUGGAUAAAGACUGGAAGAGAACUUUCCAAAAUUAAGAGUUGUGUUAGAGUGCUACCCAGAACACACCUACCCUCUCUUCCAUAUGACAGCCCUUCAGAGACUCGAAGACAGUGUGUGACUCUCCUUUGAGUUAAGAGCACCAGCUGAGUCAGACAGUCGCGAGUGACAAGCCCAGCUUCACCCCGUCUUGGCUGUGGGAGCCCAGAUUUUCUUGCCACUUGGGCUUCAGCAGAACCCCUGAUAUAAUUGCUUCAGAGGUUCUCUACACACUGUCCUUUGACCAUGGCAGAUACAUCAAUACCCUUAAAUUCACGGCAGUUCAGCAAUGUGCUGAGGGAGGAAAAUGGCGACACCCAAAAUAGGGAGACGACCUUCUCUGGACCAACGCUAGAGAACAGAGCAGAGGGCCAAAUUCUGCCUUCUAGUGUCCAGUCUAUGGUCUCAACUUCAGCAUCAGACCCUGGAGGGAUGUCCACACAGCUGAUGACAUCCCCAGCCUUUGACACCAUGGCCACGCCUCUAAUGGGAACAGCAAACUCUGGAGUUGUGUCCUCACCGCUCCUGUCAGACUCUGGGGCACUGUCCCCAUUGUUAAUGCCAACUUCGGAUUCAGAGGCGCUGUCCCCAUUGUUAAUGCCAACCUCAGACUCUGGGAUGCUGUCCCCAUUGCUAAUGCCAGCCUCAGAUUCUGGAACAUUGUCUCCAUUGCUUUCCACUUCAGAGUAUGGAUUAAUGUCCCCAGGGCUGAUGACGAUUCCUGACUUUGGAACAAUGUCCACAGCACUAACGGCAACACCGGAUUCUGAAGACAUAUCACCAUUGGCAAUGUCAGCCUCAUCCUCUGAAGCAAUGGCCACACCACUGAUGCUAGCCCCAGAUUCUGGAGAGCUCUCCCCACUGCUAAUGCCAGAUGUUAACCCCGGAGAGAUGUCCACACAGCCAGGGCCAGCUUCAGGCUUUGAAGGAAUGUCACCAUUGCAAAUUACAGAUGAAGACACUGAAGCAAUGUCCAAAGUGCUAAUGACUGCCCUGGUCUCUGGAGAGAUCUCUUCACUGCUCAUGUCAGACACAGACUCAGAAGCGAUCUCCUCACUGAUAAUGUCAGCCCUAACUUCUGAAGCGAUGCCCACCCAACUAACGAGCACCCAAGAUUCUGGGGACAUGUCCACCCAGCUAAUGUCAGGCCCAGACUCUGGAGUAGAGUCUUCACCACUAAUGACAGCUCCAGGCUCCGGAGCCAUAUCCUCACCGCUCCUGUCAGUCCCCGAGGCUGGAGAAAUGCCCACCUUGUCAAAGCCAGCCCCAGAUGCUGAGGCAGUGUCCCCACUGCUAAUGAUGGCUCUAAGCUCUGGAGGGAUGCCCACCCAACUGAUGCCAGCCCAAAGCUCUGGAGCUAUGUCCUCACAGUUAACACAAAAUCUAGAUUCUCAGAUUGUGCCUACUCCACCAAUGAGAGCAACAGCCUCCGGGGAGAUGUCUGCAUCGUCAGCAAGAGCCUCAGAUUCUGGAGCAAGGUCGACACUGCAAAUGAGAACCCCAGCCUCUGGCAAUAUGUCCACGCUGCUAAAGACAGUCCCGGACUCUGCAGCACUGUCCACCCCACUGAUGUCCACAACCUCUGGAGCCAUGUCCACAGAGCCAAUGCCAACCGCAGCCUCUAGAGGAAUGUCCACACACUUAACAACGACUCAAACUUCUGGAGCCACAUCCACAGGCUUUAUGAAAGCCCCAGCCAGUGGGGCAAAGUCAACACCACGAAUGAGAGCUCCAGCCUCGGGGGCAAUGUCCAUCCCAUCCAGCACAGCCCCCAUCUCUGAAACAGUAUCUGUGCUACAAAUGACCACCCCAGCCUCUGGGUCAGUGUCCACACUGCGAAUAAGAGCGCCUGUCUCUGGAGCAACAUCUAGGUCACAAAGAAGAGCCACAGCCUCGAGAGUGACAGCCGGACCACAAAUGCGAGCUUCUGGAGCCAUGUCCACCCCACAGAUGACAGCCAAAGCCUCUGGAUCCAUGUCCUCACUAUUAAUGAGAGACACAGCCCCGGGAGUGAUGUCCGUGCCACCGAUGAAAGCUACGGCCUCAGGAGCAUUGUCCAAGCCACUAACAACAUCCAAAGCCUCAGAAACAAUGUUCAUGCAGCAAAUGACAACCGCAGCUUCUGGAGAGAUCUCCACAAUGCUAAUGAGAGACAUAGCUUCUGGAGCCAUGUCCAUGCCACAGAUGACAGACGCUGUGUCUGCCGGGAUGUCCACACCACUAAUGAGAGCCCCAGCCUCUGGAGACGUGUCCACACCACAAAUGACAGCCGCAGCCUCUGGAAGCAUGUCCAUGCCCCUAAUGAGAGCCCCGGGCCCUGGAGCCAUGCCCACAGUGCUAAUGAGAUCCACAGUCUCUGGAAAGAUGCCCAGUCAGCCAAUAGGCACUCAAGACUUUGGGGGGAUGUCCAUGUCAUUCAAAAGAUUCAUGACCUCUGGAGGGAUGUCCACAUUGCAGAUGCGAGCCCCAGCCUCUGAAGUGAUGUCCACACCAAAAAUUAGAGCCCCGAGGUUUGGGGCAGUAUCCACACCCCUGAUAAGAGCCUCAAACCCUGGAGAGGUGUCCACACUUCUCACAAGAGCUUCGUCCUCCGGAGAGAUGUCCUCAGCACUAACGAGACCCCCAACUUCUGGGGAGACAGCCACCACCCCUCUGAGAGCCCCAGCUUAUGGAGCAAUGUCUCCUCUGCAAAGAACAACCACAGCCUCUGGCAUGAUGUCCACGCCACAAAUGAGGGCUCCAAUCUCUGGGCCGAUAUCCACACCAUUCAUGAGAUCCACGGCCUCUGGAGUGAUGUCCACGCCUCAGAUGACAGCCGUGGCCUCUGGAGGGGUGUCCAUGCCAUUGUUGAGGGCCCCAACCUCUGGAGCAACAUCUGCACCGCAGAUGCUCACAGCAGCAUCUGCAGAGGUGUGCACACUAUCCAUGCGAGCCCCCAGCUUGGGAGUGAUGUCCCCGCCAUUAUUAAGGGCUCCAGUCUCUGGAAUUAUGUGCACACCCCCAAGGAGACCCUCAGUCUCUGAAGAUAUGUCCACAGAGUUCAUGAGAGCUCCAACCUCUGGAAAGAUGGCCACUGCACAAACCACAGCCAUGGCCUCGGGAGGGAUGCCCAAGCCAUUCAUGAGAGCCGUGGCCUCUGGAGUAACACCCAUGCCACUGAUGUCUGCCAUGGCUUCUGGAGAGACAUCCAAGCCACUAAUGAAAAGCCUGUCAUCUGGGGCAAUGUCCACACUGCAAACAAGAGUUGUGAGUUCUGGAUCUACGUCCUUGCCACAAACGACAUACGCAGCCUCAGGAAAGAUGUCCACACCGCCGAUGAGAGUCUCGGCUUCCGGAGCCACAUCCACACCACUUAUGAGAGCCUCAGCUUCUGGAAUGAUGUCCAUGCCACUUCUGAGACCCAUAUCCCCUGGGGGGAUGUCCAUGCCACUAAUGAGGGCCACAGUCCCAGGAGCCAUGUCCACAUCCCAAAUGGCAGCCGCAGCCCCUGGAAUGAUGUCUACCCUGGGAAUCAAAGCCACAGACUCUGGGGAAACAUCUGCCCCUCGCAUCAAUGUCACAGCCUCUGGAUCAAAGUCCACACCACAUGCAACGACCACCCCCCGCAAAACAGUAAAGCCACCACCAGAUGAAGUCCCAUCUUUUGGCAUGCUGACCCCAGCACUCUGUUACCUCUUAGAAGAACAGGAAGCAGCCCGGGGUUCAUGCCCUGUGGAAGAGGAGGUGGAGAUUGAUGAGGAGAAGCAAAUGAAGGGAUUUUUGAAUGAUUCAGAGAAAAUGGCCUUUCUGGUGUCUCUUCAUCUGGGGGCAGCAGAGAGGUGGUCCAUCUUGCAGAUGGAGGUAGGAAACCCCCUCACCAGUGAAGAUAAAUCUUUCCUGAGAAGAUCCCAGGGCUUAUAUGACUCCCUGUCUGAAAUUGACAUCCUCAGUGCGAUUCUCUGCCAUCCCAAGCAGGGCCAGAAGUCGGUCAGGCAGUAUGCCACUGACUUCCUUCUGCUGGCCCGACAUUUGUCUUGGUCCGAUGCCAUUCUGCGGACCAGGUUCCUGGAAGGACUCUCUGAAGCUGUUGCCACCAAAAUGGGCCGGAUCUUCCUGAAGGUGGCUGGCAGCCUAAAGGAGCUGAUAGAUAGGUCUCUCUAUACCGAGUGCCAGCUGGCGGGAGAGAAGAAUUCCCGAGGCAGCUCCAGCCAGGUUCUGACAUCACCCUGUAAGCGGAAUAGCGAGGAGGCAAUGGAGAAUGAACUGAACCCCCAGCAGCAGACUGAGGAGCACCAGCAUGUUCCCAAACGCUGUUAUUACCUGAAAGAGCAUGAAGACCCUCAGGAGGGUCUGCACGACCACCUUCGAAAGAGCACAGGCCAUCAGAAGGCCCCCACUAACAAGUAAUGCUACCUGGACUCUUCUCCUGUGAUAUCCAACUUGGCUGCUAACUUGAGGACUGGUUCCUAGACUCAUUCCAUGCAAUUACAUCAUUAAAACUUGUGGCCUUUCCCCCUUCAGCACCCCCUCCAGGUGCAUCCCACCCUAUCCCCCACUUGGUUGACUUGACCUUCUCUUUCACCCCACAUGCCUUUGACCUGCCCCAGCAAUCAGAACGUGGACUUCAAGAAUGUUCGUUGUAUGAGGUUCUGAACUCCCAUUACCAACAAGGACAGUACUAGUUCCUGGUCCAGGGAGAAGUCUAGGCAGGAGAAACUAUGUCCUACCUCAAAAACACCUUAGAGUGUCUUGCCACAUGUCAUCAGGCAAACUUGAGGAAGCCCUGGUCCCAUUUCACCUGGCAGGGGAGCCCAUAAGGAGAGUGAUGCCCACUCCAAUACCAUCCUUUUCAUCCAGUAUACUUGUCCCUAUAAUGCCCCAACUCAUAGCACUUAAAUUUGGUCUCCAAGGCCCUUGUCCUGUUUAUAGUCUCCAUCCUGAACCAUUCGUUUUGACCCAUGGUAACAAUCUUAGUAAUAGCUAAUGUUUAUUGUUUAUGUACUAUGUGACAGGUAGUGGGCUAAACUCUUGACAAGCAUCAUCUCACUACAUUCUUACCAUAACCCAACUUGUUCUUCUGUUGUCAACUUCUGAAGUCUUGAUCUAUUGUCAGUGGCCAUUGUCUUGUCCCUCAGUGUGAAAUUUCUAGCUCUGACCUUUGGGUGACCUCCUCAGUUGUUAAUUGCCCUCACUCCCCUUGGCUAUUGUGCUUUGUGGCCAGCACUCUUGAUAAAGAUCUUGGUCUUUAAACAGGCUUAGAUAGAACAUAAUGUGAGCAGUGUUUGCCUUAAUGUGGUGGGAUUAUGGGUGUUUUAAUGUUCUUCUUUUUACUUCUCUCUACUUUCCAGAUUCUCUACAGUAAGCAUGUAUUACAUUUGUAAUCGUUAAAGUAAAUAAAGUUCAUUUAUGAAAAAA